AUGCCUUACAGGUGCUGGGAGGUCAAUGGCAACAUGGCAUAUUGGUGGAUCAUCCGAACUCCAAUCCUCCUGGCUAUUUUAGUAAACUUUUUCAUAUUCAUGAGGAUUAUUCAGAUCCUCAUCUCCAAGUUAAAAGUACACCAAAUGAGAUACACAGACUAUAAAUUCAGGCUGGCCAAGUCUACCUUGACACUCAUCCCUCUGCUGGGAAUUCAUGAGGUGGUGUUUGCUGUGGGGACGGAGGAACAGACAGAGGGUAUACUACGCAGCAUCAUCCUUUUCUUUCAUCUGUUUUUCAGCUCCUUUCAGGGUUUUCUGGUGGCUAUUUUAUACUGUUUUGUGAACAAAGAGGUGCAGUCAGAGAUCAAGAAAAAGUGGCAGCGGUGGAAGCUGGGAAUUAGCGUUCUGGAUGAUCGCAACACAGGCAGCCACACUGCACAGGGAUUUAAGUGCUCACAGGACCAUCCGUGUCAGCAGGACUGUUCUGAGAGGGACAGCAGCCACAAGGGCCCACCCAGCCCUCUGUCCAGUGGCAUCAGCAUACUGAAGCUAAGAAGGGCAGGGCGUACUGCUAUAUCUCUGGGCGCAAGCAGCAAAGCAUUCGUAAGAAAGGAGAACAUGGCCAAAGCUGCAGAUGAGGGGAGUGGUCUCAAGCUCCUCAGGAGGCAGGGUGGUCUUGAAGGUGAAGUGCUGGAAGAGGGAGGUGAAGAAGAUGAAGCGCUCCACCUGGUCAGAGCUUCACCUAGAUAG